AUGGAAUAUUGCUGGCUCAUUCUCAAGCUUUGUCUGCUACUGACACCCGGUAGGAAUGGACUUUCAGAUAAAACGGAGGGAGACCUCUACACGGAACUUCUCGAAGACUAUGAACCACUGGAACGUCCAAUUGAGAAUAGUUCCGAGGCAGUCAUGGUUCGAAUGGGAUUAGUUCUUCAACAGAUUGUAGAUGUAGAUGAAAAGAACCAAGUGGUGGAUGUGAAUGCGUGGUUGAAAUUCUCGUGGAUCGAUUAUUCAUUGAAAUGGGAACCAGAAAAAUACGGCGGAGUGACUGAUUUGAGAUUUCGGAAAGGGCAAUUGUGGACACCUGAUGUAUUGAUGUAUAACAGUGCGGAUCCACAAUUUGACAGUCGAUACGCUUCAAAUCUGUUGGUUUAUCCGAAUGGAUUGGUCAAUUGGAUACCUCCUGGUCUCUAUCGUCUCUCAUGUAAAAUUCAAGUUGUCUGGUUUCCAUUCGACGUUCAAGAAUGUUUUCUUAAAUUCGGUUCAUGGACUUUCGACGGAACAAAACUGAAUCUGGAGAUUGAUGAAAACGGUUUCGAUAUUUCAAAUUAUAUGCAAAAUGGAGAAUGGACUUUGGAAGGUACCACUGUGAAGAGAAACAUCCAAUAUUAUCAGUGUUGUCCUGAACCGUAUUAUGAUCUAGUUUUCACUUUUGUCAUUCGACGGAGGGCUUUGUAUUAUGCAUUCAAUCUGAUUCUGCCUUGCAUUCUCAUCACAAUGUUGACACUCGUCGGAUUCACUUUUCCACCAGAUGCAGGAGAGAAAAUGUCACUUCAAAUCACAAUAAUGCUCUCCAUUUGUAUUUUUCAAAACUAUGUUGCUGAAAUGUCCCCGCCCACUUCAGAAGCUGUUCCUUUUCUCAGUGCAUUCUUUGCUGUUUGUCUCUUCACAUGCGCUUGCUGUGUGACUGCAACCACGUUGGCUCUAAACUUCCACCACAGAACUGGAAAAUCUCAUCAAAUGAAUCGAACGUUUCGACUUCUAAUGCUCGAAUGGAUUCCAUGGUUGCUCAUGAUGCGACGUCCUGGAUUUGUAGCAAGAGGAGGAAGAAUAGUGAAAGAAGAUGAUUCAGAUGACGAGUUUGAGGAGAGGCAAACUAGACUAGAUCAACAGAGAAUUGCAACAUUGAUUAGUCAAAUUACAGUGGAAUCGAACAAGCCGACACCAACAUUCCCCCGCCGCGUGACUAUCGUGGAUGAAGUUAAUGAUGAAACAGACGGUCCACUACCUCUUGAUACAGUAAUUUGUGAAGAAGACGACGUGGCAUCUCUAGAAGAUGAACCCGCCUGGCGAACAUCUCAACCACCUCCAACACCUGCUCAUUUAUGGUGGAAUGCAUCGAAUCGAAUGGGAAAUCGAGUUCCCGUCGAGCAGAUUGCACAACUUUUAGUUUUACAACAAGUUCAUGGACAUUUAUCGGAGAUCAACAAACACAUUCGAGAAAAAGAAAAAGCCAAAAAAAUCGAGGACGACUGGAAAUUUUCAGCCAUGGUCGUCGAUCGUAUCUGUAUGGUUAUUUUCACAGCUUUUCUAUUUGGUUCCACAGUUGCUCUAUUCGCUUCAGUUCCAAACAUCACCAGAUCUUUCUAA